AACCAGGGUCUGUCAAGACAGGGCAGCCCCUAAAGCAUCCACAGGAACCCAGAGCCACCAGGCAUUGUUGUGCCCUUGGCCCCAUGGACCCCCUGAGGCGGUCCCCCUCCCCCGACUCAUCUCAGCCCUCCAGUCCCAGGAGCCCACCCUGCGAGAUGCUUGGUUACGUGGGCAUCGAGGCUGUGCUAGACCAGCUGAAGAUCAAGGCGAUGAAAAUGGGGUUUGAGUUCAACAUCAUGAUGGUGGGGCAGAGCGGGCUGGGCAAGUCCACGAUGGUGAACACACUGUUCAAGUCCAAGGUGUGGAAGACCACCCCCCCGGGCCUGGUGGGGCCCAUGCCCCGGACACUGCAGCUGCACUCAGUGACCCAUGUCAUCGAGGAGAAUGGUGUGAAACUCAAGCUGACCUUGACGGACACACCCGGCUUCGGGGACCAGAUCAACAACGACAAGUGCUGGGACCCCAUCCUGGGCUACAUCAAUGAACAGUACGAGCGGUACCUGCAGGAGGAGAUCCUUAUCACCCGCAAGCGUCAUAUCCCCGACACCCGGGUGCACUGCUGUGUGUACUUCGUGCCGCCCACCGGGCACUGCCUGAGGGCCUUGGACAUUGAGUUCCUGCAGCGGCUGAGCCAGACCGUGAACGUGGUGCCCGUGAUCGCCCGGGCCGACAGCCUGACCAUCGAGGAGCGAGAGGCCUUCAGGCACAGGAUCCAGCACAACCUGAAGGCUCACUGCAUCGAUGUGUACCCACAGCAGUGCUUUGAUGAGGACGUCAACGACAGGAUCCUCAACAGCAAGAUCCGGGAACGGAUCCCCUUCGCUGUGGUCGGGUCCGACCGAGAGCAUCUCGUGAACGGGAGGUGUGUGCUGGGCCGGAAGACAAAGUGGGGCAUCAUUGAAGUGGAGAAUAUGGCUCACUGUGAGUUCCCCCUCCUGAGAGACCUGCUCAUCCGCUCCCACUUACAAGACCUGAAGGAUAUCACCCACAAUGUCCACUACGAGAACUACCGUGUCUACAGACUCAACAGUAGCCACGUGCUGCCCCGUGGACCCGGCUGGGUGAACCUGGCCCUGACCCCCACCAGCCCCCCAGCCACCCCUGGGCCCUCAAAGUUCUGCCGGCGGCGGCGGACCCAUGACAAUACCACAGAGGAAUAUUGA